UUUCAUACAUAGCUGCCAUUCUGAUUUGUAACCCACCCAACACAAGUCAAUGCAUGCUAGCACCAAGGGCUGGGCCGAUGGCCAAAGUACCUCGCAUGAUUCAUUGCAGUCCUGCGAGGAGCCUUGGUCAGACCCGUUCUUGCCCAAACCUGGUUGAUAUCCUAUCUAUGCGUGGUCGUGAUGGGCAGCUUAGUUCCAUCUUUGGAAAGAGUGACGAGGAAGACGGAUGUAUCGUUGAAUCGUAUCAUCAGUCCUGAAGCUUCCAACAAGCAAGCGUCACCCUUGGAUUAUGAACAUGGAUCACAACAACGAAAUCGCCCGAGAUGGGGUUGUCCACACGAAGCGAGGCUUCAACAUCACCAGACAGAAGCAUCGGGGAUUAACCAUUGUCAACUCGUCAUCUGCACACAACAAGUCCCAAGUCUGGUCAACCUUCUCAAAGCCGCAGCCGCCAUCUAUGAAAUUUGUGACACAGAAGAACCCAGCCGGCCAGAAACGGAGAAGAAGCAGAACCCAAGCGUACAAUGAAAAGGGGCCUAUAGGUGCACACACAGACAGCGAUACGAGAUUAGCCUCGAACAGAUCACACAGACGGCGCGCAAAGACCGAGGUCUAUCCCCCGAAAGCAUCAGGCGAGGCUGAAAACGCCUCUGUUGUACCCACAGAAGAAAUACAUGCGACGUGCGAGCCUGACUUGCCUGACGAGGGUUCGUCCUUAUUGGAUCCCGGCAAGAUGAUCCCAAGCGGAUCGGACCACCCCCUUGAGAACAGCAUAUAUGCAAACAUGCCCAGCAGGGUAGCCGCCGCACAUCCUGGCGGCUCGUCCCAGGAAAGCAUUCUAUUCAUGCUCGCAUGUAGCAGUCUCUGUCCAACUUGGGACUUGCCCAAAAUUCUUGCGACUGCUGCAAGUCCGACCUUGAUCAAACCUAUUGUUCUCUUGAUGCAGCACCUUCAUCGAAUGGCCAUGGAGGGAGACCGGAUUACGGAGGCCUUCUCCGCUCGUUAUGGCGAGCUUUGCUCACUGGUCGGACGACUGCUUAACUCUGGUGGUGAAUCCAACACGACGCAGAUGAUCAAAAUACAGUCUAUAUCUUUUUUGGCCUUAUUGGCUGGGUUUCUCGGUCGACACGACGACUGGCUUAUUCAUAUGAGGGGUCUCAAUCACCUGGUCAAAACCUGUGGUGGACAGGAGGCGCUAUCGUACAGUCUGCUGACGCUGAUCCGGCGGGCAGAUCUAACAGGGGCCUUCGAGCUGGCUAUAGAGCCAUUCUUCGAGUUCAAACGAUGCCGCCCAUCCGUACUAUACGUACUUAGUAUUGAAGAGCGCGACCAGACGAGCCAUGCGGUUUAUCAAACCUUAUCCGGCUCCGGUAUUAGCAAACCCAUCAUCGUCAUCCUUUCGUAUCUCGCCAACUUCAUCAACGCCAUCACGCUAGCUGUGAGCACGAUGGGUACACUCAAUCUCGACACCGAGGAAAUGGUCGAGGACUGCUUCUUCAUCGAAUACUCGCUUAUGUCUUUUCCAGGACCAAUGCGGAGUCAGGAGCUGGCCACAGCUAUGAUUUACGCCGGCGACCCGUCUGUGUGUUCAUCUGAGUGCGGCAGCGAGGACUCUACCUACGCCUCGGCUGCAGCCCCAGCCACCGACAAAACCUCGGUCGAAUGCAAGACAUCGCUAGAAAUCGCACUGCGACUUACUGCACAUCUGUAUUUUAAACUGCUCAAUCCGCCCUACCCUGAUGGCAUUGUUGGCUUCGUCAAUGUCGUCAAAUUGCUCACAAAGCACAUGCGGACGAUACUGAACAGAAUGCGAUCUCAAGCGCUCGAUGCCGCAAUAGACUCGAGUCUUGUGUUCGGAUCGACCGUACCGAACUUUCCACGAGAAGCCUCCCGAGCGGCUUUGAUUUGGAUAUGCCUGUCCGCUCAUUAUAUGGCGGGCGUAUACGAGGCCAACUGCUGCAGUCGGGGGGCCUCAACUCGUGACUGGUCAGGGGUGCAUAGACAGUUGCUUGCUGAGGUGGUCGGGGACGUCGAGUUGCUCACUGUAGGCGAUCUAGAGAUGUGCUGUUUGUUUGAUUUUGGGAGGUUGCUGGAUCAAUGCUGGGAUGUGAGGGUGAAAAUCGGGGAGAUGCUCACCUAGAGCAGACUUGUUACAGUAUAUUAUACGAACAAGUCGUAAUCUUGAAACCCGGGCAACUCGGCCGGCGCAACCGUAGCGGAUCCGCCGGAGGCUUGGAGAGAAGCUGAAGUUGCUUCCUAUCGCCGCCGUCGGGAUAGUGUACCUGGAGAGCCAGGGAUGUCAGCCCCCUCCUCCAAACACUUUCCGCAUCGGGAAGGCUGCCGAGUUAUAGUUGCCCACAGACACUACAACGUCGUCUGAUCAGGCCCGAUUAGGCCAUCACCGCCCGCAAUGCGAGCUUUUAAUUGGCGGUU